AUGGACGCCAUUGAAGAAGUGGAGCUACCAACAAGAGUGAAAGAAUCAAAUUCUGAUGAUACAAGCCAAAGACAGCAACUUCCUGCAAAAAAACGCUGGAGAUGGUGGCUUCGCAUAUUUCUUUACACUGUCUUUCUACUUGCUGGUCAAUCUACAGCCACCCUCUUGGGAAGAUUAUAUUAUGAUAAAGGUGGGAAUAGCAAAUGGAUGGCAACAUUAGUUCAAUCAGCAGGCUUCCCUAUCUUAAUACCUCUCUUACUUUUCUUUCCUCGAUCCUCGGCCUCAGCCGGAGCCAGCAAGUCGAUCACCACCACCGUCACCUCCCUUUUGUUGUUGUACCUAUUUUUUGGGCUACUCUUGGCAGGUGACAACAUGAUGUACUCAUAUGGACUUCUGUAUCUUCCUGUCUCUACAUAUUCCCUCAUAUGUGCAACUCAACUAGCUUUCAAUGCCCUCUUCUCCUUUCUACUGAAUUCCCAAAAGUUUACUGCUUUAACAUUCAACUCUCUUGUGCUACUCACAAUCUCUGCGACCCUUUUAGCAGUUCAUCCAGACUCUGCAGAUAGCACAACCCAAGUCUCCAAAUCCAAGUACAUAAUUGGUUUCCUAUGCACGCUCGGUGCAUCAGCCACGUAUUCUCUCUACCUCUCCCUAUUAGAGCUAUCUUUCAAGAAAAUAAUCAAGAGAGAAACAUUUGAUGCUGUUCUUGAUAUGCAAAUCUACCCGUCAUUUGUUGCAACUUGUGCCUCUAUUGUGGGACUUUUUGCUAGUGGAGAAUGGACAAAUUUGAGAGCAGAAAUGAAAGGGUUUCAACAAGGUGGGGUUUCCUACGUUAUGACCCUGGUUUGGACUGCAAUAACAUGGCAAAUAUCUUCUGUGGGUUUGUUGGGUUUGAUAUUUGAGGUAUCUUCUUUAUUUUCUAAUGUUAUUAGUACUGUUUCACUGCCCAUAGUUCCAAUUCUUGCUGUUGUAUUUUUCCAUGACAAAAUGGAUGGGGUGAAAGCCAUGGCCUUGCUGCUUGCUAUUUGGGGCUUUAUUUCUUAUGUGUAUCAGCACUAUCUUGAUGAAUUUAAACAUCAAUCACCCAAACAUGUUGCUAAUCAAGUGUAA